AUGGGAUUUUCAGGGAUAUUUUUGUUAUGGAAAAUCAAGAUUUGUCACACAGCUUUCAGCAAUCAAGUUUUAGACAAAGCACUCUUCACUGAACUUUCUAUGGCAAAACGCCGUUUUCAUCUUGCUAGCUCAUUUUUUUUUUCGUGGUCGACAUUUAUGUGUUUGUGCAGUAUCUGCAGACGACAUUUCAUUUUAUCCCACUCCUAUUUCUGGCCAGCAGAUCAGAAGCAGUGUAGGUUUCUGGUUUAUGCGGAAAUGGUAACGUGGGCUUGCUGGACGUCAUAUUUGGCCCAGGGGCUGGAGGCAACAAGGACUUCACCGAAAUAACGAUAAACCGUCGAUCCGGACUCUACAACCUAAACCACACCACAAGUACACUCUGAUUUGCUGGCAGGACUAGUAGAGGAGGACUUCAUUCUUGAAAACGCGGCCGAAGAAGACUUCACGAGUGAGAGCGGAAAAAUGAACCAUCGAGAAGCAGCAGGUGGCUUUCCUAUCUAGAACCACUACGACCGGAGAACUGUUGCUUCGUGAUACAACACGCUCAAUGACAACACACUGCCGCAACCGCCUUGAAAUUUUCAGAGAACCCCCGUCGGAGCUUCUAAAUCCAUCUACUACUGCCGCCUUUAGUCUUCUCAGGCCGUCGUCGGGACGGAAUAGUAGUUUUUUCCCCCUCCAGGUUUUUGUUUUUUUCGCAAAGACCACCCGAUAUAGAAGUAGCCCACCUGAAAUUUGUAAAUUUUAUCGAAGAGGAUAUAGCGAAAGCAUUGGUUUCCUGCAGCUGGACAUCAUGAUCCUGAUGUAGGGCGACCGGUGUGUAAUUUGCAGUAUCCAUAUGGUGAAAUUUUAAAGCGGAAAAUAACAAUGAACAAGCUGAGACUCAAUGAAAUCCAGCGGAGAACAAGACUUUCGUGCCAGCUGUCCGGACGGAUGAUUUCGCCUUGUCAAAAUUUACAAAAUCUUUAAUAGUGGUUAGGAGAAAAGUCAAGGAUUACACAUACACGAUUUUUCAGGCAACAUGCAAGACUUACUAGGUGAAUUAACACCGACCAGAAUAUUAUACGAUUGGUCCCGACAAUAUGGAUUUUCUAGGUACUACCAAAAAUAUAGUAGAGCUGAGUUUUGUUGUGUUAGCAAAAGCCGAGCUAUGGGGCUUUUGCGGUUUUUGUCAUCCUCCAGGCAAGAUUGCGCUUGCCUAGCAAGCGGAUAUGAAACUGCAAGGAACUCCUACAAGAGACAGAAAACAUUUUUAUCCAGAACUUCUACACUAAAUGGCCCUGCAAGACUGAAAAGCAUGUUAUUAAAUGGAAAGCAAGCGAGG